UGCGGCUCGGCGGCGCGCGGGCACGGCAGUCGCGAGAACGCUGGGAGCGGCCACGACGAAGAGGCGCGGGAUGGACGGCGGCCGGUCGGCUAUGCGCUGAUGUCCUACUGCAGGAUCACGGGGAGGAGCCGGGGCCUCCCCAAGCCCAACUACUUCCCGCUGCUGCCGCCCAUCAGCCCCGCGGACGCCAAGCGCUUCUGCCGCGUGACCGGCAAGUCCUACGGGCUGCCCGCGCACCACUACAUACCCGUGGUGCUGGGCUUCCACAGCCGCGACGACAAGGAAAGAUGCAGGAUCACCACCAAGUCCACGGGGCUGCCGGCGCACCACUACACCGCCGGCCUGGUCCUCGGCGAGCGGCGCAGGCACGUGGUGCUGAAGGACUUCCGCUACGUGUUCCCGGUGCUGGACGGCGACGGCGAGCCGCAGCGGACGCUGCGGAGUCUGCUGCAGUCGAAGGCGCCGCUGUCGGAGGAGGAGGGGCGCGCGCGCUUCGUGUACACGGUGGCCGAGCGCCGGUGCAGCCUCGUGUUCCCGGCGAGCCUCGAGGCCGCGGUGCGCGACGGCGACGUCCGCGACGUGAUGCUCUCCCGGGACCGUGACAGCGUGCUGCUCCGGCUGAGGCGGGGCAAGAACGUCUCCGUGGACUUCAGGCAGCUGGACGAGCUCGAGGAGCUCUACGACGGCCUGGGCCCGCUGGAGGAGCUGGUCAAGGAGCGCGAGAAGGCCGAGGCCGAGAGCAGGCGGCGCAGGAAGCGCUGCCAGGAGAGGCUCGGCUACGCCAAGAGGAUCUUCGAGGAGAAGGAGAGGGCGGCCGAGGAGGAGGAGCUGCGGGCGGCCAAGCAGCUGAAGCUGCGAAGCGUGCGCGAGGAGCGGCGCCGGCGGGACGAGGUCCUGAACUGGAAGCAGGUCGGCAGCAAGCGGCACGAGUCGUCCAGGCAGAGCGCCAUCGUCGCCAGCGUCCGCGAGUGGACGGAGGCGGGGAAGCCGCUCGAGCGCGAGCUCGACUGGUCGGCGCUCGAGGAGGGCCGACCGCAGUGCGCCGAGUUCGUCUCGACGAUCGACCGGCUGCCCGAGAGCGUCUCGAUCGCGGCGCAGAGCGUCGACCUGGAGAGGACGCCGCUCGGCGCGAACGACCGGCCGGUGUCCGAGGACACCGGUGGCUUCGAGCUCGUCGCCGUCAUCGAGCCGUUCGCGCCGCUGACCGCCGAGCCCGAGCCCGCGGUUCAGCGAGCCGUCGAGGCCAUCGCGCCGGCCGACCUCGAGUGCACCGCCGACGUUCGCGAUAGGCUCGCGGGCGCCGGCCAGGAGGCUCUGGACCAGCUCCCGAGGAUCGAGGAGAUCGCCGAGCUCGUGAAGGGCCUCGAGAGCGGCGAGCCCGCGCAGCUGCGCAGGGUCAAGGGCCUGAGGAUCGACGUCGAGUCGGCGCGGAGAUUCGUCGCCGGGCAGACCCUGCGCACGCCCAUCGGCGAGGUCUUCGUGCCCGGGCAGACGCUGCGCACGCCGCGAGGCGACGCCUUCGUGCCCGGGCUGACCGUGCGCACGCCGGACGGCCCGAUGCUCAUCCCGGGCCAAGUCGUCUCGGUAAAGGAGGACGAGGGCAGGCUGACCCCGGUGUUCGUGGCCGGGCAGACCUUGCCGACGGCCAGCGGCGGCGAGGACUUCGUGCAGGGUCAGACGAUGCACACGCGCGAGGGCGCCAAGUUCGUGCCCGGGCAGACCGUGAUCAGCCGGGAGGGGCCGAGGUUCGUGGCCGGGCAAGUCCUCGACGACAAGACCUUCGUGCCCGGGCAGCUGGUGGCGACGGCCGAGGGCAGCCGAUUCGUGCCUGGGCAGACGAUGACCGACGAGGCCGGCCAGCAGAUUUUCGUGCCCGGACAGAGCUAUCGGGACGGCGCCGGCUGGGAGUUCAUGCCCGGGCAGAGCUUGAGAUCGGAGGACGGCGCGCCAAAGUUCGUGCCCGGGCAGACGAUGUACACGAGCGCGGGACGGCAGUUCGUGCCCGGGCAGAGCGUCGCGCUGGACUCCGGCGAGGUGCACUUCGUGCCGGGCGUGACGCUCGACUCGGCGCCCGACGCUCGGCGGCGAUUCGUCGCCGGCAUGACUCUGCGGACGCCCGGCGGCCCGAAAUUCGUCGAGGGCCAGAUAGUGCGAACGCCCGACGGCGAGAAGUUCGUCGCCGGCAGCGUCAGCUUCGACGAGAACGGCUUUCGAUUUGCCGUGGCGAGCAGCGCGAAGGACGUGACGUUCCUCGAGGCUUCGGCGUCGUCGCGCGGCAUCGCGGUCGACCCGAGGACCGCGAGCGCCGUGCCGGACGCGCGAGCCGAGACGUUCGGCCACAUCGUCCAGACGGACACGGGCGUCGAGUUCAUCCCCGACAGUGCCAAGCGCCUGUCCGAAGGCAAGAAGGUCAUACCGGGGCAGCUGGUGCGCGGCAAGGACGGCGUGCGCUUCGUGCCGGGCAUCAUGACCGACGACGGGUUUCUGCCCGGCCAAGCCGUCAACACCGAGGACGGCGAGCAGUUCGUGCCUGGACAAGUGAUCGACACGAGCAACGGGCCGAAAUUCGUGCCCGGCCAGAUGGUGGAGACGCGCUCGGGUCCGAAAUUCGUCCCGGGCCAGACGAUCAACACGCCCGGCGGACCGCAAUUCGUUCCCGGGCAAAUCGUCGAGACCCAGGCCGGGCCGACUUUCAUCCCCGGGCAAGUGAUAUCGACCGAGGACGAAGGCUCGCGCUUCGUGCCUGGACAGGUGGUCAACACCCCGGACGGGCCCCGAUUCGUGCCCGGCCGCGUGAUCGAAUCCGACGAGCACGGCGUGAUCUUUGUGCCCGGUCAGAUCGUGCAGACGGAGGAGGGGCCGAAAUUCGUGGCUCCCGAUUUAAUAGACACGCCAGAAGGCGAACUCGAGUUUUCGGUUCAAGGCUUCGAGGUGACACCCGAGGAGCUAAAAUUACUGCGACCGCAGCACUUGCAAUACAACACUUCGACCAAAGGUCGCAGCGAGCCGAGCAUCGACGCGAGAAUGUUGCGUCAGCUGUCGGAGGCUGGACUGUCGGUCGGCAAAAGCGUCUCGGCCGAGAUACCCCGCGUCGACGUCGACGUCAGCAGAGCCGUCGAUCUCGACUGCGCGAUCGACAUUGCCGAAAAAUUGGGACUGAAGGGCAAUGCCGCCGUGAAAAUGGCUCAAGUCGUCUCGACGAUAGCCAAUUUAGCCGACAAAAUUGUCUACCACAAGUUUCAAAAGGCCACGGCGGUCGGACGUCAUUACCGGGACGGGCGCGAGUCUGCCGCCGCGAGCUGUUCGUCGGAGGUGGUCGGCAACGGCGACGCACGGCUUCCGGAGGUGGUCGGCAACGGCGACGCACGGCUUCCGGAGGUGGUCAACGGCGCGAGCGACGACAGAAUCCACGACGCCUUGAAGUGCACUUUGGCGAGCGCGGUGAUGGCGCUGAUGGAGAACAGGCUGUCUCGGCACGGCGCGGGGCACGCGACCGACGGCCACAGCGAGGGUAAGCGGGCCCUGGUCUUCUCGGCGAUAAGCGAGGCUCUGCAGGUGUUCGCGGGUCACUGCGGCGUUUCGCUCGAGCAAUCGGCCGAGCAGCUCCUGCAAGCUCUGCUGCUGCCGCGUAGGCGCAGCUCCCUGUGCCGAUCGGCGAUCGAGGAAGUGCUGAACGCGAGCGCGAACAAAGUCGAGGUGCUCAAGUCGACGCUGGUCGCGGACCUGUUGAAGGACGACGUAGUGCUCGAUCGACUGUCCCAAGUGCUCGACGAGGAGCACGGCGACGACGUGGUGAGUGCCGCGUUCAGGUGCGUGUCGCGCAACGACUCCGAGCUGAUCGCGCGAGUUCUGCAAAGGGUCCAGCGAGACGUCGCCGCCGUCGAGACGGAGAAGGAGGCCGCCGAGACGGUGCACAAGGCGAUCGUCGAGGCCGUGCGCGAGCACAGCGAGGCGCGCCUGCAGAAGAUCCUCCGCGACGAGGGCACCGCGGAGGUCGGGGAGCUGCUGCUCCAAGCCGCGGGGCUGGCGAGGGCGCUGGGGAUGUCGAGCGUCGCGGGCAGCCUGCUGUCGCUCGCCAGCGACGAGAGCUCGCGGCAGGCGCUCGUCGGCGACAAGCUCGCGCUCGACAUCCUGCGCCGACUGACGGUCAUGCGGAAGCUGGCCGAGGAGCGGCCGCGGCUCGCCGACGCGCUCGGCGAGCUGGCGGCCGACUCGGACAAGGCGAAGCACGACCCCCGCCUGCGCACCCUCGUGCGCGAGAGCGCGGCGCUGAUGGUCGUGCCGGAGGAGGAGCCGGCGCUCGAGUCGUCCGCCGAGGUGCCGGCCGCGCUCCUGUGCGCCGACAACGCCUUGGCCAUGGAGGACUUGCUGACGCGGAAGGCGGGCGCGCGCGCCUCCGCCACCUUCAUGAUCGUCAAGCACGGCCUCCAAGCCGUCGUGCCGCGGGAGGCCGCGCGCUCCGUGCUCACGGGCCAGCUGCCGUACACGCUGCUCGACGAGGACGGCGUCCAGCACUUCGAGCCGCUCCACGUGUUCUCGGCGCUGCGUCUGAGCAAACCGGCCGCGCACCGCUUCUCCAUGUACCGCUGUCCCAUCGCCAAGCCGGAGGAGGACGCCGAGGACAGCUGCCUGCAGUCGCCGACCACGAGGACCAGCAGCUUCGACAGCACGACUCUCGUCGAGGACAAGUUGCCGGGCAGAGCUGGCAGCUGCGACGCCCUCGAGCUCGGGCUGCUCGACAGCCGCUCGCCGAGCCGGGAGAACACGCCGAGCUUUCGGCGGAUUUCUAGUCUCUAUAAGGAUAACGAACCAAAAUCCGAAAACUACGUGGUGGUGAAGGAGCACACGAGCGACGGCUUCUCCGUGGACGUCGGCGACUUCGUCGAGGCCGUGGAGUAUGCAGCGGACAGCUCGAAGGAGGCGAGGAUCGACGCGAGCCUGGACGUGGGCGAGAUCGGCAAGCGCCUGGACAACUCGGCGGCGCGGCACAAGCUGUCGGUGAGGCCGCGACGAAAAUACGCCGACCCGCGGGCAGUUCUGAUCUCGCAGGCCGCCUCUUCCAGGGCGCUGGUGAGGAAAGCGGACGGCACGCAGGGAUGGCUGCCCAUGUCCAUUCUGAUGCAAACGGCGCUCAGCGAGGACUCGACGGCUCAUCACAAGCCCGAGGAUUCGCAGUGCAGACGAGAGGCAGUGAUGAAAGAGCUGAUCGAGACCGAGGAAGAAUUCGGUCGCGACCUGCAGAUGGUGGUGGAGAAGUAUCUGAAACCGCUCGACAAUCCAGACGUGCCGCGCGCCGUGCGUGACAACAAAGAGCUCAUCUUCACGAAUCUCAAGCAGAUCGCCGACUUUCACAAUACAUCGUUCGGCAGGGUCUUGAUCGAGGGUGUCAAAUACUAUGCCAAUGAGCCACGCAUGUUGGGAAAAACUUUCCUUAGAUUGGCAAGAGAAUUCGACAAACACGUGGUUUACUGCAGAGACGAGCCGGCAGCUCAAGAUUUCCUUCAGGCAAACGACCAGGUUCGAGAAUAUUUCGAGGAGCUGAGCCAGAAACUCGGCGACGACAAGAGUCUCUCGGAGCACCUGAAGCUACCGAUCCAGCGCAUCAACGACUAUCAACUUUUGCUCAAGGAGUUGGUAAAGUAUUCGACCCGGUUGGGCGAGGAUAGCGAAGAUCUCCAAAAGGCUCUAGAGUUGAUGCUUGGUAUCCCACACCAAGCAAGUGAUAAUAAAUUCACCAGUAAUAUCGAAGGUUUCAAAGGCAACAUCCACAAACUUGGUAGAUUACUCACGCACGAAUGGUUCACCGUGACCGAUAAAGAAGGCAAGAGCAAGGAACGUUACCUCUUCCUCUUCAAGGCGCGCAUUUUAGUCUGCAAGGUCAGACGCAUCUCGGAAGACAGAUCUGUGUUUAUCCUCAAGGACAUCAUCCGAUUACCAGAAGUCGAGCUAAAGGACUACCCCGACGACACUCGUAAAUUCGAGCUUCAUCCGAAGGAAUCGCCGGGGCCAGGUCAUCCGAUAAGCUUCACCGCGCACAAGGAUCCAGUAAAGGAGACUUGGCUGAAGGAAAUCCGUCUUCACGCAAGCGAUGUCGUAGCUCUUGCGGAACACGCGGCCGACGAUUUGCAACUCACCGAGGACAAGGUAUCAUCACCCGCGGAGGCGCUACCACCAGCUGGAGAUAUGUCACGCCGAUAUUCGUCGAGUCGCUUCAGCGCCUCGUCCAACGUCAUCGAAGAGUCUUCGUUCACGAGCAUGUCGAGCAGCCGAAUGUCGACGGAAGUUUCGUCUUCCUAUGCGGCAAGCUCAACAACAAACAUUCAACAAAGUGGUGGUUCGGUUAUCGAAACCUCGAGCUCGUAUCAGCAGACUGCAGUGGCUGGCGGUAAUACAACUGCUAGGCUCGGUUUAACAACAAAUGCAGCUGGUAAACCUGAAUUCGAGAAGACGAUCGAAGGAUGUCAAGUUGAACAAUCUCGAGCAAAAUUGGCUAUGUUACACGUCAUAGCUGGAGAGUGCGCAACAUUCGAGUGUACGAUGAAAUCAUCUGACAUUUUACCCAAGAUGGUUUGGCUGAAAGAUAACAAACCCAUGGACGACAAACUGGCUGAUCGCGUCAAGACAACUAUCGACGGUACCAAUUACAAAUUGCAAAUCGAGAACGUUUUGGAAUCCGAUUCUGGCAUCUACACUGCACGCGCGAGUAACGGCGAUGCCCAAGCUACCUGCACUGCACAACUUGUUGUCCAAGAGCUAACUGUUGAAGAAAAGAAAGUCAGAGCAGAGGCCAAUUCGCCAAUCUUCCUAGUCCGUUUAAAAGACACGGAACUUCUAGAAAACACCUACCUACGCUUCAUGAUCAAAGUUAAAGGCGAUCCGAACCCUGAUCUCAAAUUCUUCAAAGACGAUGUCCUCAUCGACUCGAAGAACGAGCGCAUCAAGAUCAUCAAGGAUAAGGCGGACAAGGGUUUCUACGAGAUCGUCAUUCCGGACGUGCAGAACCAAGACGCCGGCAAGUACAGCUGCACGGCACAAAAUCGCUUUGGCGAGACGAGUUGCGAAGCCACGGUUACCGUGACCGACGAGAAACUCAUCUUCACUGGCCUACCGGAGGGUCUGCUUGAGCCUGGCACUGAGCCGAAGUUCAUGUGGACACGCGACGGCGUCCCGUUCGAUCCCGAGGAACGUUUCAAAGUUCUGUUCAAGGACAGCGAAGACACACUUGCCCUUGUAUUCCAGCACGUUAAACCCGAAGAUGCUGGAUUGUACACUUGCGUGGCUCAGACGAGCACUGGUAACAUUAGUUGCAGCGCUGAACUCACCGUACAGGGUACCGUUAAUCAGUUGAUGAAAGAACCACAGAAGCCUGCACUGCAAUCUGAAGCUAAGACUUCAGAAGUUAGCGCUGGCGGUUCAGCUAUGCUCGAUCUCCAGGUUAAAGGAUUCCCGAAGCCAAAUAUCACAUGGACCAAAGAUGGUCAGGAGAUUAUCGCCGGUGGCCGAAUAAAGUACCUUUGGGAGGACGAAGAAUCCUUGUCUCUUGUCAUUAAGAACGUGACGAUCGAGGAUGCUGGUAUAUACAAGAUACGCGCGAGAAACGAACUCGGUGAAGAUAACACUCAAAUCGAGCUUAUAGUUAAAUCCGCACCAAAAAUUACCAAACGUAUGAGUAACGUUUCUGUCAAGCACGAGGAGACCAUCAAGAUGUCUGUACAGAUUCAAGCCUCACCCGGGCCAGAAGUCAAAUGGUACAAAGAUAACAAGCUCAUUGAGGAAUCCGACAGAAUUGCGGUCUCCAAGGAAGCUGACAAUAUGUAUUCGAUCACAGUCAAAGAUGCGAGACAUGAAGAUGCAGGUUCAUACUCAGUGGUGGCUAAGAAUGAGGUCAAUGAGACAUCGCAAUUCUGGGAUUUGUCCGUCAAAUUUCCACCGAAAAUUACCAAGAAACUUGGCGACUCUAAACUAAUUGAAGAAGGUGACAACUUAACAUUGUUCAUCGAAGCUGAAUCGAACUUACCGCCUACAGUUACAUGGAUGAAAGACGAGGAGGUGAUCAAAAUCAGUGAUAAAAUCAAAAUUGAGGAAGAUGGUAACAAGUAUACUUUGCAAGUCUCUAAUCUCGUUGACACUGACACUGCAAACUACAAAGUUAUAAUUGAAAAUCAAGAUGGAAAACGUUCUGAUCAGUGUAAAAUUCAGGUGCGCUCUGCUCCAUUAUUCAGGAAGGGGCUUGAAGAAACAGUCACCAAAGAGGGUGAUAAAGAUAUUGUGCUAUCUGUAGAAAUUGAGAGCUUUUCCAAACCAGAGGUGGAAUGGUAUUUCAAAGGUUCUCAGAUCACCGAAGCCAAAAAAGAAUUUACCAUGAGCGAAGAAGGUAAUACGUAUAAGCUUAUCAUCAAAUCAGCGAAAACGGAAGUAGCUGGAAUUUACACAUGUAAAGCCAAAAAUGAGGUUGGCACUAGCAAAUCUGCUGCUCCUCUGGUAGUCCAUUUCAAACCUAAACUUGUGAAGAAGUUAGCUGAUCAGAAAGUUAAAGAAGGCGACACUCUACAACUCUCAGUACAAGUAUCUUCUGUGCCGGAUCCUGUCAUUAAAUGGUUCAAAGACGGACAAGAAGUUUCUGCUGAUGCAAGAAUUAAAAUCACGAGAGAUAGUCAAAGAUUGGAAAAUUACGAUCUGACGGUGACUUUAUUAAAGGGUAGCGAUGGCGGUGUGUAUGAGAUGCGAGCGACUAACGAUCUUGGAUUUGUCAGCAGUAAGAGCAAGAUUAUUGUUCUUACCAAAUCUGAAGAAAUGGUAGAAGACAAGGAACAAGUUGCUAAAGUUGAAGAGAUAAAAGAGCAGACACAAAAAGCUGAAGAAGCUGAACCCGAAGGUCGUGUCAAAGUGGAGAAACAGAAAGUCGAAGUUGUUAAAGGUCCGCAUGGAGAAACUAUCACGAUUUCUGUGAAAUCAACCACGGAGCAUGAGUCCACGUUAUCAGGUCCUGAUGAGAGACACUCGAUUAGCAAGAUGACUUCAACGAAGGUGGAAUGUCAAGAAAUGACCAGCGAGAUCAACGGUCCACAGGUGGAAGAAAUUGCCUCUUACAGCUAUACACUCCAAGAAGAAGAGAAUUCGUUGCGAGGACAAAAUGGAAUAGUCGAGGAAUAUUAUUCUGAGAGUGAGGACGGAAGAAAUAAUGGUAGAAGCGACAUUCUGAAAGUGAACAGGGGCGUGUCAAUCGUAUCGGUAUCGGACGAUGAUAAUACGAGUGGUAAGGGUAUCUCACGAGAUGUGAGUUGCGACGAUGUGCGCACUAAUUUUGAAUAUUCGGAAGAGUAUACCAUUGUCAAUGGUGGUACUGAAGAACGUCCGAGAUAUGUUAUAGAGGAAAGUUCUACCAAGCGCGCACUUUACACGCAAACGAUAAUCGAAGAACAAUCGAUUGAUGGAUCUGCAUCGGUCUCUAGACGCGAGUCGACUGCAAGUUCAGUAGGUAACGUUAAAAAAGAAAAAGCCGAAAAGCGAGAAUCCAUUACUUCGGACAUAAAGUUCGUUAAAGAAAUGUCCGAAUGUUCGAUCCAGCAAAAUGCGAAACUGGAAGAAAGCGCAUAUAAACGGCAAACUUCUGAAAGACGACAAAGUAUCUUAGCUCAGGAGAGUUUUGCCGAGAAUCAAGAGUUAUCAUUUCCUGAUAAGCAAAAGGCUAAAUCUCUCUCGAGGCAAAGCUCACAAUUUAAAAGACUUGAUUCUACAGAAAGUCAAAAAGUACGUGAAAAAACUCUUUCGCGAAACAAUUCAAUGAGAGGCUCUAUUGACGAAGGAAGAUUAUCCAGGCAGAAUUCUAAGAUUGAGAGACUUGAAUCCGUAGAAAAUCACAAAGUUGAAGAAAAAACGCUCACGCGACAGACAUCCAAGAGAGGAUCUAUCGAGGAAGGUUUGUCUAGGCAGAGCUCUAGAACCGAGAAACUAAAUUCUACUGAGAAUCAAAAGCCUCGAGAAAAAACUCUAUCGCGAGAAAAUUCUAUUAAAGGAACUAAAUUGAUUGAUGAAGAGGAAGAUGAUGAAGAUAUGAAGAAAUUAUUCGACCGUAUUAAACGACAACGAUCAGUACUUGACGAAAUUUUGGAGCAGAAAGAAAGACGAACAUCAGCAUCUCCUGAAAUAAUCAGCUCAACGCUCGAGGAUCGCGACAUCUUCGCAACACAAAGUACAUCAUUCGAAGUGAAAGCAACUGGUUUACCACGACCAGAAGCUAAAUGGUUCAAAGAUGGUGAACCACUAAAAACGUCCAAACGCAUUCAGUAUGCAAAUGUCAGUGAAACCUUCACACUUAAUGUCACGAAAGCUCUUGAAGAAGAUUCUGGCCUAUACACCGUCGUAUUUACGAAUAAGUUGGGUGAAAAAUCGGUUGAAGGUUUCUUGACCGUCGAACCCGUUGAUGAAUUACGUAGACCUAAACUUAACGAACCACUUACCGAUGCCGAUGUAGAUGAAGGUAAAACUGGUACUUUCAAGGCUGUUAUUACUGGUGAUCCAAUUCCAGAAGCUAUUUGGUCAUUAAAUGGUGAAAUAAUUGACCUUGAUGAUGGAAGACACACGGCAAAAGUUACUCAUAAGGUUAUUGAAGAUUCUCUGAAACAAUGCACUUAUACCCUUGAGAUUACUCAAACUAAUCCUGGAGAUCGUGGUAAUUACAUGCUGCAAGUGAUGAAUGAAUACGGCGAAUGUUCAACAAAUGCCGAUUUGGAAUUGCGCAUUAUCCCAAUCAUCGAGGAAUUCAAGAAUCUAAUGGCACCAGUUGGCGAGAAUGUCACUUGGGAAGCUACAAUCAAAGCAAAUCCCAGACCUACUAUCAAAUGGUAUUGUGAUGGUCGCGAUGUUACCUUAGAUGAGCGUUUCACUACGGAGGAUGAGUAUAAAAAGAAGACGUAUAAACUCAAAAUCAAAGGUGUUGAGAUUCCCGACGCUGGGUGUUAUAAAAUCGUUGCGACUAACGAUAUGGGAGAGGCAUCUGAGGAAGCUUUGUUAAAGCCUUUCACUGAGCCGCCAGUCUUCACAAAGGAACUACCAAAUUAUGAGUCCGUGCGCGAUCAAAACAACUACGAAGGCGAAGUGCGUGUAACAGGAUAUCCUCGUCCCACGAUCACCUGGAUGAAGAACGGAAUAGAAAUCUUUGACGACAUGAGGAAUACGAUUCAAGUAACCGUUGACGGACCAGAAACUAUUAGCAAGUACACCAUCGAACGUUUCUGUGAUAAGGAUGCUGGAAAUUAUUCUUGUCAAGCGACCAAUAUGGCUGGUACGAUUCACUGUGUAUCUGAAUUAUCAUUGACGAGGUUUCCGCCCAAAUUCUUCACAACACUACCUCCGUCACUGGAUCUUGACCAAGGCGAGCCUCUCGAGUUGUUCGCUAAAUGCGAUGGCAGUCCUAUACCUAAAGUUUCAUGGUACAAGGAUGGUGAACUUAUUAAGCCAGAUGAUCAUUUGAAGAUUGAAACUUUACCAGAUGGUACUAUGAGGUUAUUCAUUGACCGUGUAAAACCGACAGAUUCCGGAGCAUACAAGGUUGUGGCGUCUAAUACUGGUGGUGAUAACCCGUCUCAAUGUGCUGUUGCAGUUAGACCUGAAGCAAAGGAACCAUACUUUUCCAAGUCUCUCGAUGACGUAAAAGCCAAAGUCGGUGAUCUACUGAAAUUAGAAGCUCGAGUAGUAGCUUUUCCCAAUCCAACAGUUCAGUGGCUCAAAGACGGCAGACCGCUUUAUCCAUCAAAGGAUAAUUACUUCAUUAACGAGCCCAAUGGUCUCAUCGGUUUGACUAUUGAGAAAUUAAAACUAGAAGACGCUGGUACUUACUCACUUGUCGUUUCCAACGACAUAGGCGAGAUUACUGGUAUAUCUGAAGUUAUAGUCGAAGAAAUCGAAAAACCACCUACUUUCGUCGGCACGCUUCAUCCCAUGAGCGUUGUCGAAGGAUUUCCAGCAAAGAUGGAGGUUAAGGCUAUUGGAAAGCCAGCGCCUUUAUUAAAAUGGACUCACAAUGGAGUAGAGAUUAUUCCAGAUGGUCAGCACAUAAAAAUCGUAGACCAACCUGACGGUAGUCAAGCUCUGGUAAUCGACAAAGUCGGACCAGCUGAUGCAGGAGAAUACGAAGUGAUAGCUAGCAGUGAUCAAGGUGAACAAUCGUGUAAAGCACCACUUGAACUCAUCGGUAAGACCCGUGCUAAUGAGCCAGAGGAAGGUCCCAAACUUCUCUCGCCAUUCCAUCCCAUUAGCGUUGAAGAAGGAGAACCUCUCAUCCUCGAAGCCCUAUUCACUGGCAACCCUCUGCCUGAUAUUACGUGGACGAAAGAUAACAAGCCAUUGGAAUUGUCCAAUCGUGUCCUUGCAAGUUGCGAUGGUCGUAAGGUCAAACUUGAGAUUAACCCGAGUAUUAGCAAAGAUACUGGACACUACGCUUGUGAAUUACGUAAUCCACAUGGAGUCAUUAAAGGUGGAGCUCCGGUCACAGUUCGGAAAGUCUUCCAAGCACCGUCGUUCAUUCAACAUUUCAGUGAUUUGCAGCAGAUGAUUGGCCACAGCGCCAAGUUCCCUGCAAGAGUUAGUGGUAUUCCACAACCAGAAAUCACCUGGUACUUUGACGAUCAACCGAUUGUAGCUGACAAUGAUAAAUACAAAAUCAAGCGCGAUGGAGAAUCUGUAUGUUUAUAUGUAAAAGAUUGUUGUCUUGCCGAUACUGGGCGGUAUAAAUGCCGUGCUUCUAAUAGAGAAGGCAAAGCUGAUUGCGAAGCUAAUCUGUCUGUCGUUAAAGAACUGGAUAAGAUACAAAAGGUAGAAGCACCGUCUUUCCUGAAGAGGGUUAAUGAUUGCGAAGUGUACAAGGGCAUGACUGCUAAAUUCACAGCUUGCGUUACUGGAUUCCCCGAGCCUGAGUUUGAGUGGUAUCGUGACAAUACUAAACUCUGGCCUACUGAUCGUAUUCUUAUUGAGAACGAAGGUUCUGGUCUGUUAAGAUUGUCUAUUUACCACGCUGAUGAGGAUGAUGUUGGCAAAUAUGCUUUACGCAUUUGGAAUCCGCAUGGUGAAGCUAAAUCUACCGGUGACAUGAUCUUCGAAACCCUGGAACCAAAGAAGAAGCGUUUGGUCGAUCAGUACGCCGAAUUUGAUAAAUACCGUAAAUCAGGUGUACCUUUACCUCUUGCCGAUCGUCCAAUCAUCAGUCGCAUGAUGGAUCGUCAUCUCACACUUUCCUGGAAACCAUCCAUUCCAACGAUCCCUCGUGUACCCGUCACCUACCAAGUUGAAAUGUGUGAGCUACCCGAUGGCGACUGGUUCAGCGCUCGCAGUGGGAUUCGUGGCUGUGUCUGUGACAUUCGUAAUCUCAUACCCUUCCGUGACUAUCGUUUUCGUGUACGUGUUGAGAACAAAUACGGAAUCAGCGAACCUUCGGCAUACGCUCAGACUUAUAGAUCGAAAUUGGAACCUGAUCCACCCAAGUUUUACCCAUACUUACCUCCGGGUAUUGACUUCAGACCUGAGACAAGCCCGUACUUUCCGAAGGAUUUUGAUAUCGAAAGACCACCACACGAUAAUUAUGCUCAGGCGCCGAGGUUCUUAAGACAAGAGCACGACACACAAUAUGGCGUCAAGAAUCAAAACUCAAAACUCUUUUGGUUCGUCUAUGGGUAUCCCAAGCCAAAGAUGACUUACUACUUCAAUGGGCAAUUGAUUGAACCUGGCGGUCGUUACGAUUAUACCUAUACGAGGAAUGGACAAGCUACAUUAUUUAUCAAUAAAAUGCUUGAGCGUGAUGUUGGUGAAUACGAAGCUGUCGCCACAAACGAACACGGCGUGGCAAGACAACGCGUGCAACUUGAAAUCGCCGAAUAUCCGACAUUCAUCACUCGGCCUGACGAGACUCAUACGAUGAUACGCAAAUGUGCUAAAUUCGAGUGUAGAGUUACCGGAGUACCAUAUCCAGAGCUCAAAUGGUAUAAAGAUUGGAAACCUCUUGCACCUUCAACUCGUAUCAAGAUGCAAUUCGUUGAGCCAGACAUCUCAAUUCUUAUAAUUGAAGAUGUAAUCUUGAAAGACGAAGGUCUUUACUCGCUAUCCGCGCGUAAUGUCGCAGGAUCAGCCUCAAGCUCGGCUAUGCUACAUGUGGUCGAGUGCGAAGCUGACUGGCGCUACAAAAAUUACACCAUUAAAGCUGACGUGAAGCCAAAAUCUAAACCCAUGGCUGAGGAUUACGAUCUUGGCGAUGAACUCGGACGUGGCACUCAGGGUAUUACUUAUCACGCGGCUGAGAGAAAUACUGGUAGGAAUUACGCUGCCAAGCAAAUGUACGGUGGUUCCGAAUACAGGAAUUUAAUGUACAACGAGCUUGAUGCGAUGAAUAACUUGAACCAUCGUAAGCUUAUCAGAUUGCACGAUUCGUACGAGACGGACAGAACAUUUACUCUCAUCACCGAACUUGCUGGAGGUGGUGAACUUGUAGAUAAUCUUACAAGACAUCCAUUCUACACGGAGAGCGACAUCGCUGGUUAUAUCAGGCAAUUGCUUUUGGGUCUGAAUUACAUGCAUGACAAUGGUUGGGCUCACUGUGGUCUAACGCUCAGUGACUUGUUAAUUUCACAUCCCAACGGCGACGACUUGAAGAUUGCCGACUUCGGCUUAGCGCGUCGCAUCAUUCGUAACAAGCUCAUGACCCUCACGUACGGUAUGCCAGAAUUCGUACCACCAGAAGUAACCAACGGCGAGGGUAUCGACUAUGGCAUGGACAUGUGGAGCACAGGUAUUAUCACUUACAUCCUGCUAUCUGGUAUUUCUCCGUUCCGCGGGGUGAACGACCGUGAGACUCUCACCAAAAUCAAGGAGGGCAAAUGGAAUUUCGACGAAGAUCGUUGGAGUUACAUUUCUGAUGAAGCCAAGGACUUCAUCAGAAACCUUCUAUCGUAUCAAACCGAGAGACGUAUGGAUGCUCAAACUGCACUUCGUCAUCCUUGGCUGAAUUUGUACGCGGAUAAACCACCGAGUGAUUUAUACAAGAUACCCUCAGAGUAUCUCAAAAACUACUACGUCUACUACAGAGACUGGUACAAGAACGCAUCGUGUCGUACGUGGUACCGUAAACGCAAAUUAGAAAGCGCUUUCGAGCACCCUUCGAAGAUGGUUUACCCACCAGGACACAGGUUUACGCCUGAGAGGAGUCCCGAGAGACAAUACGUUAUACCUCCACUCACGAAAAAAGCGCCACCACCACCGAAACCAUGGGAGAGCCGCGUGCCCUCGAGGGAACCCAUUGAUACGGAAAUAGGACUUAUUAAGAACGAGAGCCAUUAUCAAAAUGGUCCCGACACAUAUCUUCUGCAACUUCGAGAUACCGAUUUCCCAGUUCGGCUGCGUGAAUACAUGAAAGUAGCGUACAAUCGUGGAACCGGCUUCCCGCGUCAAUUCUCAGACGAUGCUUACGAUUGGAGGACACCAGUUAUUCGUGAACGGCGACGUUUCACGGAUGUGAUGGACGAGGAGAUCGACGACGAGCGAAGAGCGCGCAUCAAUCAGUACGGUAACGUGGACACGGGAACCCUACGAAGAUUGAAACACGAAUUAGGCACGCGAUUGGAUACAUAUACAGAAAUGGAAGCGAUGAUGGAGGCGAAGAAAGAGGGUCAAAUGCCGUUCAUGCGCGAGAAGCCACAUCCGAAGGCAAUCCAGGACGGCGAACCAGCACAAGUCAGUUGUCUGGCAGUCGGUGAUCCCCAACCAAUCGUCCAGUGGUUCAAGAACGACUGCGUUGUGCAGGAGAGCAAUCGCGUCAAGAUUGCGCAAGACGCCGACGGGCGCUCGAUUCUGAGUAUGAAUCCAGCGCGGGAACACGACGCUGGCGUUUACAAAGUGGUAGCGCGCAAUAAGAAUGGCCAAACUGUAGCAAGGGCUCGACUGGUUUGCGCGACGAUACCCUGCUCGCCUGACUCCCCCGAAAUUACCGACGCGUCAGACUCCGAAAUCCUUCUGCGUUGGAAGCAACCCCGCUACGACGGCAAUUCGCCGGUGAUCUGCUACAGUUUGCAGUACCGCCAAGGCGACGGUAUCGAGUGGGUUGAGGUGGCCGGCAACAUAGACCACGAGUUCUUCCUCGUGCACGAUCUCAAGCCCAACACCAGCUACAACUUCAGACUAGCGGCGCGUAAUCGCAUCGGUUGGAGUGAGCACGGCGUGCCCACAAAAUUGACCAAAACGAGAGCCAAACAAGAGGAAGUUCCCAAGGUGCAGAUCACGCGAGCGAUGAAACACUUGCAGCAGUUGACCGAAUCGGGACGAGAGGUGCCGAUUGAGGAACCAAGGCUAACCCUCGAUUACUCGCGGGAAUUGAUGCCCAUGGAUUGGGAUCGCGAGACUCGCAUCUCCGAACGGUACAGUUUUGUAUCGGAGUUGCACAAAGGACGCUUCUCGCUCGUGGCUAAGGGCAUCGAAAAGUCCCAGGAACGCAUCGUCGUGGCCAAGAUUUUCGAAGUUAGACCCGACACGGAGCAAAAGGUCGAAGAGGAGUUCGAGGCGCUCCGUUCGCUUUGCCACGAGCGCAUCGCUCUGCUGGAGGCAGCCUUCUGGCCACGAGGCUCUCCAGUAGCAGCCCUCGUCCUUGAGAAACUACAAGGUGCUGACGUGCUGACCUACCUAGCCAGUCGUCACGAGUAUACGGAACAGUGCGUCGCCAGCAUCGUCAACCAGGUGCUUGACGCUCUGCAAUACCUGCACUGGCGCGGCUACUGUCACCUUGACAUCCAGCCGGACAACGUGGUGAUGGCGUCGGUACGAGCGACUCAGAUCAAACUCGUCGACUACGGCUCGACGCGUCGCGUGUCGCGGAUCGGCACUCAGGUGCCGAUGACCGGGCAUCCUGAGUACGCCUCCCCCGAGGUGCUCAACUCGGAGCCUGCUUAUCCGCAGUCGGACAUCUGGCAGCUAGGUGUGCUCACGUACGUGUUGCUGUCGGGUGUCUCGCCGUUCAGAGGUGCCGACGUUAACGAGACUCGUCAGAACAUCACGUUCGUUAGGUAUCGUUUUGAGUAUUUGUAUAAGGAGCUUACUCAAGAGGCUACGCGAUUUCUAAUGCUGGUCUUCAAACGAUCGCCUAGCAAACGACCUACGGCAGAAGAGUGCCUGGAGCACAGGUGGUUUUCGGCGAACGACUACAUGCAAAAGAAGCGCGAGCGCUCGGUGUUUCUUGGCAAUCGUCUAAAGGAAUACAGCGAGGAGUACCAUGAAGAGAAGCGCAAACAAGCGAUCCAGGGCGAUAAACUGAGCGAAGCUUUCGGUAACCAGCGACAACUCGCACGAUCCACUAGUAUACAGGACGAACUGCUCACAACAUUCUGAAGAGCAAGAUCAACCUCGAAAACAAAAAUAAUAAGCCCGCGUUUUUUUCUUAUUCUAUGGAUACUCUAUUGUAUUUAAUUAUUUAUUAUUAAAACUCGCGAUGACAAAGUAUCUAGUCAGCGUUGCGCGUUGCCGAAAAAAACCAAAACAGGAUUAAAUGUAUAAGUGCGACACAAAGCGUUACGUUGUCUCGUUGAUAACUGGUUAAUGUAUCUUGUUAUUUGUUACCAUUUGUGAUUCUUCUUUUUUGACGACUGUUGAAUUUGAAGAUUAUAUAAGAAGGUUCCGGCUGUUUAUUUUUUUCUCCGAUUAUACGUUUUCUUUCUCCUUUGGAUUUAGAUUUGAUGCCCUGAAAAUCGGCCACGAUGUAUUCUUAUUUUUAGAAAGAAGUGCGUAAUCUUUUAUGUUCUUUACUAUUAUUUGGUCAGCAGAAGAUGUAUUAAUAAAAUAAAAUGAUAA